CCCCGCACUCCAACUGGUCUCGCAGGCCGCUCUACAUACCUCGAAUCAAUACUUCCAAGCAUCGAUUACAACCAUUGUCUACUAAUACUCAUAUUUGUUCAUCAACAGCGAAAACUACAGGAAAACCACAGUACGAGAUCUUGCAGCCAUGGCCAGCCCAGCCGUCUUGACCCCGGUCAAGAGCCGCUCCUCAGUCUUCUCCACCCGCGCCGCCGGCGGCCGGAUGCCAUUGACGCCCUCUCCUCGCACAUCUCGCAACCAGACCCCGGAUGCGCUGGCGCACGAGUCCAUCCAUGGCGGUAGCUUCAUGGCCCGCAUCCAGCGCUCUGUCUCCAAGACCACCCGCGAUUCGCCCAAGUCAAACAUCGCUCGUAGCUCGCCACGGCGGCUAGAGCUAGGUGUGUCAGAGUGGGCGCUGACGGGCACGGGCACCACCACCGCAACUUCGACCAAGACACCCAAGGCAAAGAAAGAUGUCACCCUCCGAUCACGACCCACAAAGACCAGAAUAGCAUACAACUCGGCGGACCGCUUCAUUCCCAACCGGACAGCAAGCGAGGCUACCUGCAACGUCGGCACAGGCAAGAUCGACCUCGAGCAGCGACCCAAGUCCAGCUCAACCGGCGAGGGCUCAUCCGUAUUGGCCAAUGCCGCAAGCACAUUCGACCUCAACGGACGCACGUCGGAUGAGGAGCCUACCCUUUCUUUGGAGGGUCUUAGUCUGGAGGAGGAUGAUGAGGAACGCUCGCAGUCCAAGAAGCCUACCCCAGACGCAGCCGCAUACCAAUCAUCACUUGCCUCAGCGUGCGGUGUCAACCUCAACACUCGUAUCCUCGCCUUCAAGCCUGCGCCCCCAGAGUCAUCGAAGCCCAUCGAUCUCCGCUCGCAGUACAACCGCCCUCUAAAGCCCGCCAGCAGCGUCAAUGCCCAAAGUCGCCGCCGCAUUCCCUCGGCACCCGAGCGCGUUCUUGACGCCCCUGGCCUCGUUGAUGACUAUUACCUCAACUUGCUCGACUGGUCUUCUGGCAACCAGGUUGCCAUUGGUCUCGAGCGUUCCGUUUACAUCUGGUCCGCCGACUCUGGCUCUGUCGCUUCCCUCUUGGAGUGCCCGACCGACACUUACAUUUCGUCUGUGAAGUGGUCCGGCGAUGGCGCUUACGUUGGUGUCGGUCUCGGCUCCGGCGAAGUCCAGAUUUGGGACGUCGAGGAGGGCACCAAGCUCCGAAGCAUGUUCGGCCACGAGACCCGUGUUGGCGUCAUGGGAUGGAACAAACACAUUCUGUCCACUGGUGCCCGCUCAGGUCUCGUCUACAACCACGACGUGCGCAUCGCGCAACACAAGGUCGCCGAGCUUGUGUCCCACACUGGCGAGGUCUGCGGUCUUGAAUGGCGCGCCGAUGGUGCUCAGCUCGCCACUGGCGCUAAUGACAACUUGGUCUCGAUCUGGGACGCUCGCUCUCUUGCUGCCCCCAAGUUCACUAAGACCAACCACCGUGCUGCUGUCAAGGCCAUCUCAUGGUGCCCUUGGCAGUCAAACCUCCUCGCAACCGGCGGUGGAUCCAACGAUCGUCAAAUCAACUUCUGGAACACCACCACUGGCGCUCGCAUCAACAACAUCUCCACUGACUCGCAGGUCACCAGCUUGCGAUGGAGCACUCAUUACAAGGAGAUCGUCAGCAGUGGCGGUUUCCCUGACAACUCUCUCAGCAUCUGGAGCUACCCAUCUGGCGUGAAGAACAUGGAGGUCCCAGCCCACGAGUCUCGCGUUCUGCACAGCUGCCUCAGCCCCGAUGGCCAGAUGCUCGCCACUGCCGCUGCCGAUGAGUCUCUCAAGUUCUGGAAGAUCUUCGAGAAGAAGCCCGGUCAACCGUCUAUCGCCGCCGCUGGUGCUGCAUCCAUGAAGACCGCUAGCGCUGUCAAGUCGGCGACGAUCCGCUAAGUUGGCGCCGAGAUAUUGUAUGGAGGAAGUGGAAGAAUCAGAGGAGAGCAGUAGGCUCAUGACAAUGUGCGCAGCAUAGUCACUCGACAUCGCUAAGCACCAAACCAACGGCUUGCGCAACGGAGCCUGUCAUCCGACUCUACGCGCAACGGUAAGUUGGUAAGUAUCACAUCUCGUUUGGGUAUGUGACGCGGAUCCUAUCCAUGGAUCUUCCACAUCUGCCCUCGGAAACGGGUUCUCGGCUGGGUUUCGAACUCUAUCUGUCGACUUUAAGCGAAGGCGUCUCGGAAGCAUAUUGUGCAUUGAAGGUGUUGGUGGAGUCUUUUCGAGCGCCGCUCCGACGGAUACGAUUUCAUGACGAUACGAUUUUGGCUACGGUCGAGGCCAUUGUAAAGCAUUGUUUUUCGAGGUGUCUGGGUAGCUGGCGGGGAAGACUGGAUACAUACGUCUGUGUUGCGAUAAGAAAAACAUGUUCAAACGU